CAUUAUACAACUAUAAUCUACCUUCUUAGCUACUCCUACAAAAUAUGUCCACCCCACCUUUCACAUUGAAGGUUCUUGAGCAUUGCAAAGUCACUCCCCAACUCAACACAAUUUCAACAAUCUCUUCCCUCCCACUAACAUUCUUGGACAUUCCUUGGCUUCUCUUCUCUCCAAGCCAACCUCUAUUUUUCUAUGACUUCCCUCACUCAAUUUCUUAUUUCACAACCACCAUUGUCCCAAAACUUAAAGAAUCACUUUCCCUCACACUUCAACAUUACUUCCCAUUUGCCGGUACUUUCGUUCCAUCACUCGAUGUAACCGAGCCAUGCCUUAAAUUUACUCUUAACAACUCAGUUUCAUUCAUAGUCGCAGAGUCAAAUAGCGAAUUUAAACACUUAUGCUCUAAUCACUCAAGAGAUGUCAAUGAAUUCCAUCCAUUGGUACCAAAUUUGCAACAAAUAAAUUCAUUUGAAGUAAAAGAGUUUCCUUUGUUAGCUAUUCAAAUAACAUCAUUCCCGAAUUCCGGCUUUUCUAUUGGCCUAGCAUUUCAUCAUGUUGUUGCCGAUGGAAGAACCAUCCAUAAUUUCAUCAAAACAUGGUCAUAUUGUUCGUCUUCUAUCUCUGAAGCCUCUUCAUCACUAAAAUCGUUACCCUUUUACGAUCGAAGAGUGAUUAUCGAUCCAAAAGGACUUCGUGAAGUUUUCUUGAAAGAUUGGAGAAAGAGAAGACUUGUACUCAAUGAAAAAGUUAGAAAAGAAGUCAAAGUAGAUUUGGCAAACAUGACUAGAGCUACAUUCAUAAUGAGUGCAAGUCAAAUGGAGAAAAUAAAAAACUUUAUUAUUGAAUCUUGCAAAGAAAAGAAAAAGUCUCAACCUUUGCAUUUAUCUUCUUAUGUGUUAACAAGUGCUUUCUUUUGGGUUUGUUAUCUCAAAACUCAACAAGAGUUUGUGAAUGAAAAUGUGAUUCAUGAAGAUGUUACACACUUUGGAUUCAUUGCUGGUGGAAUAACAAGGUUAGAUUUUGAAGUACCAAAAAAUUAUUUUGGUAAUUGUGUUGGAUUUGGAAAGGUAUCAUUGAGAAGAAAUGAUUUACUAGGAGAAGAUGGUGUUGUUAUUGCAGCUAAAGAAAUUGGAAGCACAAUUAAGAAACUUGAUGCAUCAAUUUUGGGAGAGGGUGAGAAGUGGAUUUUGGAUUGGGAAAUGUUACAUGGGUCAGAGGAACAUGUUCAUAUAACAUGGUCACCAAAAUUGAAGCUUUAUGAGUUGAAUUUUGGAUGGGGGAAGCCUAAGAAAAUAGAGGAGAUUUCAAUUGAUUUUACAAGAGGUGUUUCUUUUUUAGAGAGUAGAGAUUUUGAAGGUGGAAUUGAGAUAGGGUUAGCUUUGACUGAGAGUAAAAUGGAUGUUUUUGCCUUUUUGUUUAACAAAGGACUUGAGGCUCUACCAUGAGUUUCGAGUUUUACUUUUUGUUCUUCCGUCACUUUUAUAAGGUUGUUUAAUAUGGAUCCCGUCUAAAGGUGAAUCUUACUAUUUAUAAUAAAAUUUUAGACUUUUAUAUGAAAAUGGUCCAAUUUAUAUGUCCAAGGCGAUAAGGAACAACCGGUUAGCAAACAAUGACUAUACGAGUUGAAGAUGCAGGAAGGAUGCAAUUUAUCAACACGUCAAUACCUUAUCAUACUUUGAUGACCACCGUUCCCUAUUGGAUUUGGAUCUUCUCCAAUUUUUUCGCUACUUAUUGUCUCAUGGUCAAAGGAGACAGAAUGUAGAGGAAAGUACUCAGCAAAGAUUUGCAUGUGAAUGAGAGCUAAGA